GAAGCUCAGCUGCCGGAGAGCGAGUUUGACAUUCGGUUAAGUUUUGGACAUUGCCAUUCAAAUUUUGCCUCGGAGUCAAUAAGGAUUCACAUUUUGGCUGAAUAUUAAAGAAAAUAACCUUUUCGCUGUGGAAAGAAAUGGAAAAAUUAACAUUGAUUUCCGGGGCAUUAUUUCUUACAGCCGAUAUAUUUGCCAUUGUUGCACUUGCCUUACCAUUUUGGAUUGUAACUGACGUAGGAGGAGAAACUUCUUUGGGAUUAAUGUGGACUUGCACCACUCUAUAUAAUCGGCCAAAAGUAUGCUUCUCUCCUGAUCUCACUCCCGAAUGGAUGAUGGCACUUGUUUGCAUUUUUAUUGGUUGUGUGUGCAUAACAACAACUGUUGUGUUACUAAUCUCGAGUCAUUGGGAUUACAAUGUUGUACCAUAUGCAAGAUGGGUUGGAUUUGCUGCAAUGGUUUUAUUCUGCUUAGCUGCUGUUAUCUUUCCUCUUGGAUUUUCUAUGUCUGAAAUUGGAGGAGAACCAUACCAGCUACCAAAUAGUUUCCAAGUUGGGCUUUCUUACAUAUUUUUUGUUCUUGCAUUAUGGAUUACAGUCAUCUCAGAACUGUUUGCUGGGAAAGUAUGUUUACCACAUUUUUGAUAAUUUCUGUACUCUUUUCUGAUUUUUUCUGAGAGCGAUGAUCCUAAACUAUUGUAAAACCCAUUGACAGCAGAUUGUAUUUGCGUAAUCUUCGAGGUGGUAUUUUUUACUAACGGAUCUCAUUACAAAUUUCAUUUUUUUGUA